AUUUAUUAUAUUAUUGUUAAUGGGUGUAUGUGGAGGAAAAGGACCUAAAAGCUAGAAAAAUGCAUAAAAAGACUAAGACAAAAAAUAACCUGAAGGAAAUCCAAAAAGUGUUGAAAAUGGAUAACACAAAGAUAAAAAAGUACUAACUACUUAAAAAACAUAAUUCAAAGUGAAUCCUUCUAUUUUUGUGACAUUGAAGAAAGGGGAUAUAUUAAACUAUUAUAGAAUUGAUUAAACUUUAGGAGAGGGUAUAGAAGAGUUUAAAAAUCUAAUAAAGGUUCUUAUGGAAAAGUCAGUUUAGUGACUUAAAAAGUAACUGGAUUACCUAGAGCUAUGAAACAAAUCCGAAAAGAUAAAAUUGAAUAAAAAGAUAACAUGAUUCAAGAAGUGUCUAUUCUAAAAGAAUUAGAUCAUCCUAACAUUGUUAGUGUUUAUGAAUUAUAUGAAGAUGAAUAAUAUGUUUACAUAAUUACAGAGUAAUUUUGAAAUUGUAUCAGGCACAAGAUAUCUAAGUGGAGGAGAAUUAUUUGAAAAAAUAAAUGAAAUAGAUCACUUUGAUGAAACCAUAGCAGCAGGAUAUAUGAGAAAAAUUUUGGAGGCUGUUAAUUAUUGUCAUAAUAGAAAUGUGGUACAUCGGUAAUUUCUAUGGAUUUAUUUUAGUGAUCUGAAACCUGAGAAUAUAAUAUUUGAAUCAAGAAAAACUAAUUCAAGCUUAAAAAUAAUUGAUUUUGGUACAGCAAAAGAAUUAUUAGACAGUACAAAAUUAUCGUAAAGAAUAGGAACGGUAAUAUAAAUAUUUAGAUUAGCCUUAUUAUAUAGCACCUGAAGUUAUUAGUAAAUAAUAUGAUAAAAAAUGUGAUGUUUGGUCUUGUGGUGUUAUAUUAUUUAUCAUGUUAUGUGGAUAUCCUCCAUUUAAUGGAUAAUCUUAAUAAGAAUUAUAUUAAAGAAUUUAAGCAGGUGUUUACUCCUUUGAUGGUAAUUAAAAUAUAAUUAUAUUUAUAAUAGAACCUGAAUGGAAUGAAAUAUCAAUGGAUGCUAAAGAUUUAAUAAAGAAAAUGUUAAUAACUGAUCCUGAAAAAAGAAUAUCAGCUCAUGAUGCUUUAUAACAUGAAUGGAUUAAAAUGACAUAAAAAGAAAAAAAAAUAAAUCAUAAAUCACUUGAAAACUUAGCUAAAUUUCAUGUAACUUAUUUUAAAAAUAAAAAUUAGAGUUAUAGUAAAUUAAAAGUUGCUAUUAUGUAAUUAAUCACGACUUAAGUUAUGACAAAUUAAGAAAAAAAGAAAUUGUAAAAAUAAUUUAAGAAAAUUGAUGUAAACCAUGAUGGUACUUUAAGUAAAGAGGAAUUACUUUAAUGUUAUAGGGAAAUCUAUAAUGAUGAACUAAAAUGUCAUUAAAUAGUUGAUCACCUAUUUGAAUAAGCAGAUGUUAAUGGAUCUAAUUAAAUUGAUUAUACAGAAUUUGUAAUUGCUUUUGCAAAAAAAGAAUAAAUUAUGGCAUAAAACAAGCUAGAAAAAGCUUUUAAAUUAUUUGACAAAGAUGGAAAUGGUCUAAUCAGUAAAUAAGAACUCUAAGAUAUUAUGGGUGGAGUAUAAUUGAGUGAUAAUCAAUGGAGUAAUGUUUUUGGUGAACUAGAUCUUAAUGGAGAUGGAGUUGUAACUUUAUAAGAAUUUACUGAUAUGCUCAUUAAGGGAGCAAAUGAAUAAGAAUGA